UUCUCCGAAUAACCCAGUUCUUCUUAACACAAGGAAAAAUGGCAUUCCUCCAUAAGUCACUACUAUAUUUCUGCCUACUCCACUUCAUAGCUCUCCCCACUCAGGCGCUCAAACCGCCAUUCAGACCCAAAGCACUAGUCCUCCCAAUAACCAAAGACUCUUCAACUCUCCAAUACACAACCCAAAUCAACCAACGAACCCCACUCGUCCAACUAAAACUAACCGUCGACCUCGGCGGCCGCCACCUUUGGGUCGAUUGCCAAACCCCUCGCUACAUCUCCUCGUCGUUCAAACCGGCUCGAUGCAACUCGGCUCAGUGCAGGCUCGCCGAUUCAGCCGGGUGGAGUUGCGAACCCGAGUGCCAUCCCAACACUCCCACCCGACCCGGAUGCAACAAGAACACUUGCCGCGUUUACCCUGAAAACACUGUCAGCUUCAUCCCCGAUUGGGGCCAGGUCGGCCAGGAUGUCGUCUCGCUCCGGUCGACAGACGGUUCAACCGUUGGCCAAACCGUUGCUUACCCUGAUUUUAUCUUCGCUUGUGCACCAACUCUGCUGCUGAAUGGCUUGGCAAAGGGCGUGAAAGGAAUGGUUGGACUUGGAAGGAACAGAGUUUCGCUUCCUUCCCAAUUCUCCAACGUGGCCAAAAGAUUUGCCCUUUGCUUAAGCUCCUCACCCAACAAUAAUGGCGUCCUGAUCUUUGGAGAUGUGAGUUAUAAAAUUUUCCCAAACGUUUACUCCUCGGAUUCCCUCGCUUUCACUCCAUUGAUUCUCAACCCUGUGAGCACGUCGAGCAUACAUAGGGACAGCGAGCCAUCGGCCGAGUACUUCAUCGGUGUCAAAUCGAUCAAGAUCGAUGACAAAGCAAUUCCACUGAACAAAACUCUGUUAUCAAUCAACAAACAAGGCUAUGGAGGGACCAAAAUUAGCACAACUUACUACCCAUACACAGCUCUGCACACUUCAAUAUACAAUUCCUUGAUCAAGGAGUUCACGAAACGGAUGCAAUCACAGGGCGCGAAAAGGGUGGAGGCCGUGGCACCGUUUGAGGCAUGCUUCAAUUCGACCGGCAUUUUCGGCACCCGGGUCGGACCAAGUGUGCCUGUGAUCAGCCUUGCUUUGAAGGACAGUAAGGUUGAUUGGGACAUGUAUGGAUCGAACUCCAUGGUUGAGGUGAAGAAGGGUGUGUUCUGCCUUGGGUUUGUGGAUGGAGGGUGGAAUCCAGUGACUUCUAUUGUCCUUGGAGGGUACCAGUUGGAGAAUGUUCUGUUGCAGUUUGAUGUUGCUGGGAAGAGGUUCGGGUUCAGUCCUACACUUUUGGGUCAGCGCACUGGUUGUGCCCACUUCAACUUUACCACCAAUGCUUAGUAACUAAAGCUUUUCAUGUGUUCUCGUCGCGCCAUGGUUUGAUAGUUUGAUGAUAACAUCCACCUUAUCUGAAGCUCAAUCGAUAAAGUGUAAUAAAAAAAAUAGAUUUUCAUAUUUCAAUGGGCAUGGUGAAUCUUUUUCUAUCAAUUUAGAGGAUUGUAUAAUGUUUUCUGAAGUUUUGCAGGCAGAGAUGCUGGUUUGGAGCAGGGGAUGUCAUUCCCGGAAAUCUCCUGUUUUGGGCCUUGAUUCUUUGGUAAUUCCUACAAUAUCUUGAAGUUAUUGUAACUUCAUGUUUUUGACCUGCUAUUACAGGUUUCACAAGUAGCAUUACGUAAAAUACAAUAGGCAUUACGUA